GAGACACAAGCAGAAAACUAAACGGGCCAGAUGUGGCGCUGACUAAGCGGGCUCCAGUCCGCUGCAAGACGCGCUGUGCAGGAAGUCCCACAGCCGCCCAGGCGCUGCCACUCCAGCCAGAGCUAGUACUCAUGGGCGCCAGACAAGCUGAUGACGAUAAUACGCCACGCCAGCGCCUGGAAAGAAAUGCUGCCCAGAAGGAAAUCUAGGGGGCCUGCACAGGCGAUGCAAGCGUCAGCCGCAAGUUCAACUUCGGUGACCCACCCUGAACCUCCUCCACUUCACAAAGCGCGCCACCCGCCGUCCAGAUGGCAACAAAAUGCUCCAGCUUAGCCGCCUUGAGCUGUGCGGCUCGCGGGACCAGUACGCACACCAGACGGCGUACAAGAAGCUUCUCACCGCGCAGCUCAAGGCGGCUCAGCUGGAGCACUUUGUUGCCAUCUGGACGGCGGGUGGCGCGCUUUGUGAAGUGGAGGAGGUUCAGGCUCUGGCUGGCGUCACAGCGCCUGGGCGGCUGUGGGCCUUCCUGCACAGCGCGUCUUGCAGCGGGCUGGAGCCCGCUUAGUCAGCGCCACAUCUGGCCCGUUUAGUCUUCUGCUUGUGUCUCCUCUGCCGGUUCUCCUGGGGUGUUGCUUAAGCAACCGACUUGUGGGGGUGGGGUGGGUUUGGGCGGGGCGAGUGCGUAGCGCUGGUGUUUUCUUGUCUGGCGCGCGGUGGUGGUGGUUCUUGCGGCUAGGCUGUGGUGUAGGUUGGUGCUUGGGUUAGGUCUGGCGGUGUUUUGGUGCAACCCCUCCCGGGGGGCGGGGGGGCCAGCCUCCUGCUCUGGGGGGGUAGCUCAGUAGGUAAGAGCACUUCCUUAUCACCCUGCGGACCCGUGUUCGAAUCUCGUAUUCGGCCCGUUUCCCGGCGGAUAAGGUUGAGGUCGUGGGUUCGGAUCCCACCCCCCUCACCGUAGGUGUUUCGGUAUGGAGUCCGUGGCACCGAAGAAUCGUUGUAUUGACCCUCUGGGUUCGGAUCCCAUUGGUGCAACGAGGAAACUCUACGCUGGCCGAAUUCGGAGGGUUGGUAGGCCGAUAAGCUCAGAUCUUCGGAUCCUAUGAGCUGAGUAGAGGGUGAUGCGUGGGGUGCCUCUAGUCAGGGUCCCACAGGGGUACGGUAGGGUUCUAAGAAGGACUCUUCCUUAAGACACGCGGGGCCGUUGGCCCGUGCGUAGCUAUUACUAUUAUUAUUCCUCCUGCUCUGUCUGCCGGGUCGGGGUGGGGUGGGGUGGGGUGGGAUGGAUGGGGGUGGUUGGUGGCGGUUUCGAGGUGUUUGCUUUCUGUCUUCUUCUCUUUUCUUCUCUUCUUGCCCUGUCAGGGUUCUGGUCUCGGGGACCAGGCUGUUUUCAGGCAGCAGGGGGGCAGCGCGUCUGCCCCUGUUCAACCUUGUAAGGAUGAUUCCUC